AUGGCUACCCUCCUUCCCCUCAUUUGGCUGCUUAUUACAGGUUGCUUGGUACAUGCCAUAUGCAUCCAGCCGGCAGUGCGAAAGGAGUGGCGAACGUUAAGCUGGUCAGAGCGAGCGGAUUGGAUUCGUAGCGUCAAGUGUCUUGCAAACCUGCCUCACGAUGACGCGUUGGCCCCCUCCGUCCCUCCUUCGAUCUCAAAUAUCGUUCCAGUCAACACUAGUAGCUCAUAUUACGACGACUUCGUCUACUUGCACAUGGACCUAAACACCAAAAUUCACUUUACUGGCUUAUUCCUUCCUUGGCACCGCUGGUAUGUUGCCGUCUACGAGCGCGCCUUGAAGGAGAAGUGUGGAUACAAAGGAACUUCGCCAUAUUGGGAUUGGGUUCAAGACUAUCGCGAUGUUUUCUCUUCUACCAUGUUUACCGAUCCUGAUCCCGAAAGCGGGCUUGGCGGCUGGGGCGACCCCGCAAACGACGUUAGCGUCCCUGAUGGUGGUUUCUCCAACACAUCAACCUUUAGAUUGGCCUAUCCUUCUCCGCAUACCCUCCGUCGCAAUUUUACGCUGAAGCCCUUCCUCGGAAACCCCUUUCUCAGCGAGUCGCAACAGCAACUCUACGGCAAUACUUCGUUUACUCCAGCCGAGCGAGACAAGCUCGUCAAUGGCUUUGUCGGCGAUUUCAAAGGCUUCCAGACGUACCUCGAAGGUUUCAAUGGUUCGCAUGGAGCCAUACAUCUCAUGGUUGGUGGAGAUCUCGGAGGAAUCUGUCCCGCAAGUGCACCACCUGACUGUGUUGGGGGUCCAACAUUCUCUGCCAAUGAACCCCUCUUCUGGAUGCAUCAUGCUAUGGUGGACAAAUUGUGGUACGACUGGCAACACGCAAGCCCCCACAACGGUAACAAAUUCUUCGGAGGCUCUGUCGAAGCCUUGAACAAUGUCACAUCUUACGAACAAUACCCGACUGGUGCAGCGCCGUUCCUGAGUGUCAACUCAACAAUGCCUGCUGAUGGGCUUUUCGAGUCAGCCAAGAUAGGAGAUGUUUUGUCGACCACGAAUGGCCUACUAUGCUACGUGUACGAAUGA